CUUUUGGGGCGGCCGAGGCGCGCCCUGGGUCCUCGCUGGUCUGCGGGUUCCCGCUGCGCCCAGGCCCCGGGCGGCCCCACGGGGUGUGCGCACCACGCAGCCUCGCGUUCUCUCGGAAGCGAAGAAGAAAAGUUUUUUUCUUUCUUUUGUUUUAGUAUUGGUUGGAAAACACUGCCUGAGUUUGGCCUUUAAAGGUUCCCUGUGUGGAUGGGAGCGGGUGACUUUCUGGGGCAGCGCUAGAACCUUCCUCCUGGCUGAAGGCUGGUUACUGAGAAUCAGAUAGAAUCAGUGGGAAUCGGGUGCCCCUGUGUCUUGCGGAGUGGACCAGCGAGAAACCUGCGUUCACAGUGCUGUCAGCCCCGCUUGUGAAUGCGAGUUCACGACCCACGCCAUCCACAUGGGUGCCCUGCAGUCCGGGGGACUCAGGAAACCCACCCAAAAACGCAGCCCAAAGAGAGGGAAGCGCAGUGAUGGGUGCCUGGCUCAGCACGGGUUCCGUUCACCUGCUCCAGGACCCGAGCUACUGGAUACAGGUGCACCGCCUGGAGCAUGGAGACGGAGGGAUCCUAGACCUGGACGACGUGCUCUGUGAUGUGGUGGACGACAAGGACAGGCUGGUGGCGGUGUUUGACGAGCAGGAUCCCCACCACGGAGGCGAUGGCACCAGCGCCAGCUCCACGGGUACCCAGAGCCCGGAGCUGUUUGGGGGCGAGCUGGGCCCCAGCGGCGCGUCGGCCUUCCAGCCCUACCAGGCCCCGAGCGAGAUUGAGGUCACGCCCUCCGUCCUGCGCACAAAUAUGCCUCUGCACGUGCGCCGGAGCAGCGACCCCGCCCUCGUGGGCCUGUCGACCUCGCUCAGCGACAACCACUUCUCCUCCGAGGAGCCCUCCAGGAAGAACCCCACGCGCUGGUCCACAACUGCCGGCUUCCUCAAGCAGAGCCCAUCGGGUGGUCCCAACACCUGCGACAGGAAGAAAGACGAGAACUACCGGAGCCUGCCGCGGGACACGAGCAGCUGGUCCCAGUUCCAGAGGGACAACGCACGGUCAUCUCUGAGCGCCAGCCACCCGCUGGUGGACAAGUGGUUGGAGAAGCAAGAACAGGAGGAGGAUGGUGUGGAAGAGGACAGCAGCCGCGUUGAGCCCCUGGGACACGCCGACACUGGCUCAGAGAACAUCCCCAGCUUCUCCCUGGAUGACAUGGUAAAGCUCGUACAAGUCUCCAACGAUGGCGGGCCCCUGGGGAUCCAUGUAGUGCCCUUCAGUGCUCGAGGUGGCAGAACGCUAGGCUUGCUGGUGAAGCGGCUGGAGAAAGGUGGGAAGGCUGAGCACGAGGGCCUCUUCCACGAGAACGACUGCAUCGUCAGGAUCAACGAUGGCGACCUUCGCAACAGAAGAUUUGAGCAGGCGCAGCACAUGUUCCGCCACGCCAUGCGCACGCCCGUCAUCUGGUUCCACGUGGUGCCCGCCGCCAAGAAGGAGCAGUACGAGCUGCUGUCGCAGAGCGAGAGCCGCCAGGCCUGCGCCAGCCGCCUCAGCCCCGACAGCCCGGGCGCGGCCGACGGCAGGGCGGGGGGCGGCGGCCUGGGGCUCCCCGGCCCUGCCCGCGCGCCCCGGCCCUCCGAGCCCGCCGACGCCCACCCGCGACUGCCGCCCAGCGCGCCGCACGCCUACAGCGCCAAGAAGGUCGGCCGGCGCCUGCACAUCCAGCUCAAGAAAGGUUCAGAGGGCUUGGGGUUCAGCAUCACUUCCCGCGACGUGACGAUAGGUGGCUCUGCCCCCAUCUACGUGAAGAACAUCCUCCCUCGCGGCGCGGCCAUCCAGGACGGCCGGCUCAAGGCCGGAGACCGGCUGGUGGAGGUGAACGGAGUAGACAUCGCGGGCAAGUCCCAGGAGGAGGUGGUGUCCCUGCUGAGAAGCACCAAGAUGGAGGGGACCGUGAGCCUCCUGGUCUUCCGCCAGGAGGACGCCUUCCACCCCAGGGAGCUGAAUGCAGAGCCAAGGCAGACGCAGAUUCCCAAAGAAACGAAAGCGGAAGACGAGGAUAUCGUGCUCACUCCCGACGGCACCAGGGAGUUCCUGACGUUUGAAGUUCCCCUCAACGACUCGGGGUCUGCGGGGCUGGGUGUCAGCGUCAAGGGCAACCGCUCCAAAGAGAACCACGCGGACCUGGGCAUCUUCGUCAAGUCCAUCAUCAAUGGGGGUGCCGCCUCUAAAGAUGGGCGACUCCGUGUGAAUGACCAGCUGAUCGCCGUGAACGGGGAGUCCCUGUUGGGCAGGACGAACCAGGACGCCAUGGAUGCCCUCAGGAGAUCCAUGUCCACCGAGGGCAACAAGCGGGGCAUGAUUCAGCUCAUCGUGGCGCGGCGUGUCAGCAAGGGCGGGCAGCUGAAGUCACCUGGGAGCCCUGCUGGACCGGAGCUGCCCAUCGAAACAGUGUUGGAAGACAGCGAGCGGCGGAUUUCGCACUCGCUCUACAGUGGCAUCGAGGAGCUGGAGGAGUCGCCCGCGAGGAGCGCUGCUCUCGGUCGGAUCGUGGGUAAAUUCCAGCUGUCCCCCACUGUGAACAUGUCCCACGACGACAGCGUCAUCAUCGAAGACGACCGGCUGCCUGUGCUCCCGCCGCAGCUCUCCGACCAGUCCUCGUCCAGCUCCCACGACGACAUGGGCUUCGUGACCACAGAGGUGGCCACGUGGGCCAAGGCUGCCAUCAGUGAUUCAGCCGACUGCUCUCUGAGUCCAGAUGUUGAUCCAGUUCUUGCUUUUCAACGAGAAGGAUUUGGACGCCAGAGUAUGUCAGAAAAACGCACAAAGCAAUUUUCAGAUGCCAGUCAAUUGGAUUUCGUUAAAACGCGAAAAUCAAAAAGCAUGGAUUUAGGUAUAGCUGACGAGACUAAACUCAAUACAGUGGAUGACCAGACAUCAGGCUCCCCCAGCAGAGACGUGGGGCCCUCCCUGGGCCUGAAGAAGUCCAGCUCCCUGGAGAGCCUGCAGACGGCCGUGGCCGAGGCGACCCUCAAUGGGGACAUUCCUUUCCACCGCCCCCGGCCGCGCAUCAUCCGAGGAAGGGGCUGCAACGAGAGCUUCCGGGCGGCCAUCGACAAAUCCUAUGACAAGCCCGUGGCCGACGACGAUGAUGAAGGCAUGGAGACCUUGGAGGAAGACACGGAAGAAAGCUCUCGGUCAGGAAGAGAGUCUGUGUCCACAGCCAGCGACCAGCCGUCCCACUCCCUGGAGAGACAGACAAACGGCAACCAGGAGAGGGGUGACAAGACCGACAGGAAAAGGGAUAAGACCGGGAAAGAGAAGAAAAAAGACAGAGACAAAGAAAAGGACAAAAUGAAAGCCAAGAAAGGCAUGCUGAAGGGCUUGGGAGACAUGUUCAGGUUUGGCAAACAUCGAAAAGAUGACAAGAUUGAGAAAACGGGUAGAAUAAAAAUGCAGGAAACCUUUACGUCAGAAGAGGAGAGGACACGAAUGAAGCAGGAACGGGAGAGGAUUCAAGCCAAAACCCGAGAAUUUAGGGAGCGACAGGCUCGGGAGCGCGACUAUGCCGAGAUCCAGGAUUUUCACCGGACGUUCGGCUGUGGUGAGGAGUCGAUGUACGGGGGCCUUUCUCCCUAUGAGGGCUCCCUGGCCCUCAACGCCAGGCCCCAGAGCCCGAGAGAAGGACACCUGAUGGAUGCUCUCUAUGCACAAGUGAAGAAGCCGCGGAACCCCAAACCUUCACCCGUGGACAGGCAGAGCGGCAGAGAGAGCUUCCAUCUGCUGAUUCACUUCCCAAAUGGCCUCGAUGUCUGGACCAGGGCCAUGCCAAAGCCAGGAGCCAGGAGCUUCCUCUGGGUCUCCGCCACGGCUGGCAGGGCGUGCUGGGCCACCUCCGGCCUUCUCAGCCGAGCCGCCCCUAGCAACCACGACCGGAUACAGCGUCUGCGGCAGGAGUUCCAGCAGGCCAAGCAGGAGGAGGACGCGGAGGACCGGCGGCGCACCUACAGCUUCGAGCAGCCCUGGCCCAGCUCCCGGCCGGCUGCGCAGAGCGGCAGACACUCGGUGUCGGUGGAGGUGCAGGUGCAGCGGCAGCGGCAGGAGGAGCGGGACAGCUUCCAGCAGGCCCAGCGCCAGUACAGCUCCCUGCCGAGGCAGAGCAGGAAGAACGCCAGCUGCGUGUCGCAGGACUCGUGGGAGCAGAGCUGCCCGCCGGGGGAGGCCUUCCAGAGCGCCAAGGACAGCCCGCGCUACUCCAGCUACCAGGGCUCCAAGAACGGCUACCUGGGCGGCCACGGCUUCAACGCCAGGGUCAUGCUGGAGACGCAGGAGCUGCUGCGCCAGGAGCAGCGGCGCAAGGAGCAGCAGAUGAAGAAGCUGCCAGCCCCCGAGGGCGCCUACGCCCCCGCCAAGGGCCCCUUCCGGCAGGACGUGCCCCCGUCGCCCUCACAGGUGGCCCGGCUCAGCAGACUGCAGACUCCCGAGAAGGGGCGGCCCUUCUACUCCUGAGCCGGAUGGACGGACGGACGGACAGAGGGACGCACGCUCCACGGCGCAGUUAGGCACGCCCUGGGGGCACCACGGCGCCCGUGUCAGUGCCUUCUCGCCGCGCCGCAGGGAACCCGAAGGCCUUAACGCCCUCGCCACGGCGGGCGGCGCACGCGUGUCCGGACAAUCACCGGCCCCGCCCUCGCCAGGUUCCGCGGACCUGGGCCCCACCCGCGGGACGGAGUCCAGCGUGGCCGCCGGCGCCGGUCUUGCCUCGUCUCUGGCCGCCAGGACUGGGGCCUCCGUGCGGGCUCCCUGGGACCGGACAGCCCCGAGCCCUGAGAAGCUAAGCCAUAUCCCACACCGUGGGUUACCCUGGGUCUUUUGUAACUGCCUGUAACCCUGUUCCAAUAAAGCGAGCAUCCUAGUCUGCGUUUAUAAA